GAUGAGAUUACUGAUUGUAAGGAUACGACACAGUUGGCUAUAUUCGUGAGAGAUGUCGACGAGCAUCUAAAUGUAACAGACAAGCUCUUAUCUUUACAAUCUAUGAAAGACACCACCACUGGACUUGAUAUCCUUACUGAAGUACUAAAGGCAGCCGAAAAAUUCAAUCUCGAUCGGUCUACUUUUGGCUGA